CAGCUGAUUCCCACACUUACAGGCAGCAUCGGGGGAAGGGACCAGGCUCGCAGGAUCAGGGAGGAAGACUUGGGCUUUUGGGAUAGAGUUUUAGGAUACCGGUUGCCGAUCAUGCGUGUAGAGGGUGCCGGGGGCCACGCGUGAGCAGCACUGACGGUGCCUUAGUACCGUAAACAGCGGAGGGUCCGAAGCAUUGAGUUGUUUGGGGUGUUUGGGUUUUUUAGGGUGUAUCGGGAUGGCAUUCAGUCCCUGGCAGAUACUGUCCCCCGUUCAGUGGGCUAAGUGGACGUGGUCAGCAGUGAGAGGAGGAGAGGGGACGGAGGAAGACGACCAGUCUCAGGAUUCGGGUUCAGAUUCGGAGGGACACUUUGACACACCUGAGGCGGAUACUCCGGCCCCGUCACCUGUAAAGGAGGUAUCGCAAGUUUUGUUCAAGGAAUCAGAAAAAGAUAUCACUGAGCUGGUAUCAGAAUUAUCUUUGAAAGAUAACAACAACUUGCCUAGCGAUGAAACUUUAUCAGAAUCCGGAAAGGGGGACCAGAAGGAAAAUCAGUACGCUGAAUCAGACGCGUACCCUGUGCUACCACAAACUGAUGCCGGUGUGGCCGAAUCCAAAGCUUUGGUCACUGGUGUUCCAGAGCAUACAGCAGAAAAACCUGUGGUCAAUCAGCGUGUUGACGGAGAGCUGAAAGUCUCAAACGCUCAACCUGAACUUAAGAAGGAGGUUGAUGUGGAAAGCUUAGAUGUUGAUCAGAAACAUAACAUCUCCAGUUCUGGUGACGAAGACCAUAGAAACGAGGUUCUACAGGCUCAGCCGGUUGGAUUGGUGGAAUCUUCUGCCGUGGAAUUAACAUAUCAAGAUCACAAAGAGUCUCCUCCAGAACUUAAUGUUGUGGAAGGGUUAGAGAAGGAUGCCACAAAAGUUACACCAAGAAAGACAAGGAAACUUGGCAGCAAACUUCCAUCGAAAAAACAAAAGGAUACUGCCAACAAAACCACCGGUUUAGAGCAGCUCGAUAAGAGUGCAGAGGUACUGUCUUCAUCAGUUGACCCAGAGAAUCUCCCGAUUCCCAAAUCAACAUAUAACUUUGAUCCGAGCCAGUGGGAUGACCCCAACUUCAACCCUUUUGGUGGGAACUCGGCGCUUCCCUCUUCCCCUAAGGGAUCUCGUAGGUUCAACAAGGAGCAUGGUGAUCAGCCUUUGGAGAACCAUACGCCAUCUAAAACUCUUUCCAGCUCAGAAAAUGAUCUUACUCGUGAACCCAAGCCUAGAAGGGAUUCUGAAACAAGCGCGACAUCUUCUCCAAAGAUGGCGAGGUCCCGUCUGAUCACGACUAAUGAGCAAGUGAAAUUUCUCUGUUUUUUGUUAAACAGCUGUAAGGUGCAGACAUACGAAGGAUCGGCGUUGGUGCUGGAUGUCUGCGCACAGCAAGAGGACGGGUCCCCCACGCUCGAGAAAAGGGAGGGCCAUGCCACAGACGAGGAGAAGCUGGCGUCUGCCCCUAUUGUCAAAACCACUGGGCCGGGGGUUAAGGGUCAGCCAGACGAUGAGUUUUUCGAGUGUUCCAACGACUCUGCAUCAGAAAAGACGUCCAUUGAACACCCUGAUCCUACAUCUGAUAUCAUUACAAGGGAGAUGGAAGCCAAGGAUUGGAAGACGAAAUAUGAAGAGAGUCACGCGGAGGUGCUAGAAAUGAGGAAAAUUGUUGCGGAGUAUGAGAAGACCAUCGCUCAGAUGAUUGAAGAUGAGCAAAGAAGCAAUAUGGCGUCCCAGAAGAGCCUCCAGCAGCUGGCCAUGGAGAAGGAACAAGCCAUUGCUGACCUUAACUCGGUGGAGCGGUCUCUCUCUGAUCUCUUCAGAAGAUACGAGAACCUAAAAAGUGCCCUAGAGGGGUUCAAGAAGAAUGAAGAAGCCCUUAAAAAGUGUGCGCAGGAUUACUUGGCUCGAGUGAAACAGGAGGAGCAGAGGUACCAGGCCCUAAAACUCCAUGCGGAGGAGAAGCUGAACAAGGCCAAUGAAGAAAUCGCACAGGUCCGGACCAAGGCAAAAGCAGAAAGCGCGGCUCUGACGGCAGGCCUAAGGAAGGAGCAGAUGAAGGUUGAUUCACUGGAGAGGGCACUGCAGCAAAAGAACCAAGAGAUUGAAGAACUGACAAAGAUCUGUGACGAGCUGAUUUCUAAGAUGGGAAGGAAUGACUAAGAGGUCCCCGCCGCCCCAGGAUAAAUACCCUAAUACUCUUCCUGCCUGAUAUAGUCCUUUUUAACUUGAAGAAACCAUGAAACCUUCACUCUAAGAGAUUCCUUAUGUGUGCUUUGGGUUCAAGUCCAGUUGUUGUACAAUGAGCAUCCCAUACCCAGGACUUCCUUAGAUCAAAGGGACGAAUGCUGCUAGGCCGAUGUGGCGUGCAUGAUAGUAAGGGGGGCUCUCUCUGUUCGGGGCUAUUGUUGAGUGAGAUUUCCUAAGAAAAGACAUGUCGCCACUUUGCGUGUGUGUGUAUAUAUAGCAGUCUAUAGACCAAGGGUUGAGUGAACCCAAGGUUAUUUCAUUUCAGAGAACGCACUUUUAAAGGGCCAACUCCCCUCCUUGUGUUGGUGGAACCUUUCCAGAGUUACUUAUGUUGUCUGGCUCUGGCCGAUUUCAUUUAAAACAUGUAAAUGCUUCCAAGGGUUCCUCAACUAGUGGCUAGCUGUGGCCAUAUGGACACAGUGACACUUGGAUCCCUGUUGAAGUUAGUGGGGAGCCAGCUUAUGGAAGCCAAGAUUUGCUAGAUACACACCCCUUGGAUGCUUCCAUGUACAUGGUUAUAUGGUUUGUUUUUUUUGUUCACGGUUACUGCAACUUAAUAGGGCCACAGGAAUAAUGGAUAGCGUAGUCUUAUACCCUCGGUUGUCAAUAUUUUACAAUACAAGCAUGCUGUGGGGGUGUCUCCGUAUGUGGUCCCAACUAGGACAUAACCCUAACCAUAGCAGACUCUCAAGUUAAAAACAUGGGAAAGGUUGGCUAGGAAGAAAACCAAUACGUACGGCUUUGUAUGC